AUGGAGAAAGGUGGAGGAGAUAUGGCUGGACCUUCCGCCAACAACUCCAGCGACUUUGUCCGGAAAUUAUAUAAAAUGCUCGAAGACCCCUCAUAUGAAUCUAUAGUACGGUGGGGUGAAGGAGGAGAGAGUUUCGUGGUUCUUGAAAACGAGAAGUUUACCAAACAAAUCCUCCCGAAGCACUUUAAGCAUAGCAAUUUUGCUAGUUUUGUUAGACAACUCAACAAAUAUGAUUUCCACAAGGUCCGACAAAAUAAUGAGGAUAAUACACAAUCACCGUAUGGGCAAAAUGCUUGGGAAUUCAAACAUCCCGAAUUUCAAGCGAAUAAGAAAGAUUCACUAGAUAAUAUCAGACGAAAAGCGCCAGCUCCGAGGAAGGCUGCUCAGAGUAUUGAAGAGACGUACCCGGCCAUUGCUCAACAGCAAAUGGACCUCUUUACUACCCAGCUCGUGGCCACUCAACAACAACUACAGGGUCUAUCUCGCAGUUACCAGGAUCUAACACAGCUCAAUUUGAUGUUAAUACAACAGGUUGUUGAUGGCCAAAAGUUUGCCAAAAACCACGAAGCAGUCAUGCGUAGCCUGGUCGGAUAUCUACUCAGCGACACGCAACGACAAAAUGGUCGGGCUGUAGGGCUUUCGAAUGGUACUGCGCCCAGCAUGCUUGGUCGACCAACGGGCGAUAUUCAUCCGUCGACCCCAUUACUACAAGCUCAGAACCUUCUUGGGCAACUCUCGGCCGAGAAUUAUCCCAGUAAGGAAUUAGAACAAGUUAUUCACGAUUAUCGUUUACGAACAGAUUACACGACUCCCCCGAACGAUCCAGGAGGUCUUAUUUCAAUGCCCCCAAUCUCAGAGUCUUUAACUGCUCCAGCAGGCUAUUCUGCGGACAAAUCAGACAUAGAUAAUCUGGUUUAUCCUGUUGGUGCUAUAGUUGGCAUUGAUCCCAUCGAUCAACAGCAUGUCAACAAUAUUCCAUAUGCACUCCCUCCUCCAGGAUCAAUGCCGCGGGACAGCAUGCCCCCAGCCGAAUUGAUGCCUCAACCUUCACGUACGCCCGGUCCACGUAAGGGAGGCUCGGUUUCGAUUUGGGGUGAUCGAAAGCCUAGGAUAUUACUGGUUGAGGAUGAUCAGGUGUGCGCAAGAAUUGGAACUAAAUUCCUAGAAUCUUUUGAGUGUGGAGUUGAUAUAGCUCGUGAUGGCCUCGAGGCAGUAAGUAAAAUCAACCUCGGUGAGGAGAAUCACUUUGAUCUUAUCUUGAUGGAUAUCAUUAUGCCUCACCUUGAUGGAGUUUCUGCGACUGUCUGCAUACGAGAAAUGCGUGCAAACCUUCCUAUCAUUGCAAUGACAUCAAACAUUCGAACUGAUGACAUCGAAAUGUACUUCCGUUAUGGUAUGAAUGACGUCUUGCCAAAACCUUUCACGAAAGAGGGUAUGAUGAAAGCACUUGAGAAACACUUGGGCCAUUUUAGAAAGAAAGCGCCUACGAUUGGUGAUUUCUCCAGCCCGAGACAAAUGUCACAUCCGGGAGGGUUUAUUACACCAGCCCCAUCGCACCCGCCAUUAGGGUUGAACAUGGGCCAGUUGACCGCGGCCCAAUCGAUAGUAGACGAUGCAGCUGCUGGAAAGUCACCUCAAACAGCCACAUCUUGGCAGUCGCCGAUUCAAUUGCCAGGAGGAUCUCCUGUUGUGACCUCGGCUCCUGGUAGUUAUAUGCAGCCUACCAUGCAACCUAAUGGCAUGAGGGACCCAUCUUAUUCUGUGACCCCGACUCAUCCUCAUCCUCAAUCUAAUUUUCCUCAGCCUCCUUCGGGCCUAGGUAAUCAAAGACCUCCGCAUAGGAGAGGUAUAUCCGAAAUGAGUGGUGCCAGUACGCCAGAUGGCAAUACUGAUCAAAAACGUCAAAGAAUGUAUGCUCCGCCUGGAAACUUCUAG